AUGACGGGGAUAUUUAUUUAUAUUCGAGACGAUAGUGCAGGUGAUGAUAGUGAUGAUAGUUAUGAUAGUUAUGAUAGUGAUGAUAGUGAUGAUAGUGAUGAUAGUGAUGAUAGUGAUGAUAGUGAUGAAGGUGCUGAUAGUGAUGAUAGUUAUGAUAGUGAUGAUAGUGAUGAUAGUGAUGAUAGUGAUGAUAGUGAUGAUAGUGAUGAUAGUGCUGAUAGUGCUGAUAGUGCUGAUAGUGAUGCUAGUGAUGAAGGUGCUGAUAGUGAUGAUAGUUAUGAUAGUGAUGAUAGUUAUGAUAGUGCUGAUAGUGAUGAUAGUUAUGAAGGUGCUGAUAGUGAUGAUAGUGAUGAUAGUUAUGAAGGUGCUGAUAGUGAUGAUAGUGAUGAUAGUGAUGAUAGUUAUGAUAGUGAUGAUAGUGAUGAUAGUGAUGAUAGUGAUGAUAGUGAUGAUAGUGAUGAUAGUGAUGAUAGUGAUGAUAGUGAUGAUAGUGAUGAAGGUGCUGAUAGUGAUGAUAGUUAUGAUAGUGAUGAUAGGGAUGAAGGUGCUGGUAGUGAUGAUAGUGAUGAUAGUGCUGAUAGUGAUGAAGGUGCUGAUAGUGCUGAUGGUGCUGAUAGUGAUGCUAGUGAUGAAGGUGCUGAUAGUGAUGAUAGUGAUGAUAGUGCUGGUAGUGAUGAUAGUGAUGAUAGUGAUGAAGGUGAUGAAGGUGCUGAUAGUGAUGAUAGUUAUGAUAGUGCCGAUAGUGAUGAAGGUGAUGAUAGUUAUGAUAGUGAUGAUAGUGAUGUAGGUGAUGAUAGUUAUGGUAGUGCCGAUAGUGAUGAUAGUUAUGAUAGUGCCGAUAGUGCUGAUAGUGAUGAUAGUGAUGAUAGUUAUGAUAGUGCCGAUAGUGCCGAUAGUGAUGAUAGUGAUGAUAGUGCUGAUAGUGAUGAUAGUGAUGAUAGUGAUGAUAGCGCCGAUAGUGAUGAUAGUGCUGAUAGCGAUGAUAGUGAUGAAGGUGCUGAUAGUGAUGAAGGUGCUGAUAGUGAUGAUAGUGCUGAUAGUGCUGAUAGUGAUGAUAGUUAUGAUAGUGAUGAUAGUGCUGAUAGUGCUGAUAGUGUUGAUAGUGAUGAUAGUGCUGAUAGUGAUGAUAGUGCUGAUAGUGAUGAUAGUUAUGAUAGUGAUGAUAGUGAUGAUAGUGAUGAAGGUGCUGAUAGUGAUGAAGGUGCUGAUAGUGAUGAUAGUGCUGAUAGUGCUGAUAGUGAUGAUAGUGAUGAUAGUGAUGAUAGUGCUGAUAGCUAUGAUAGUGCUGAUAGUGCUGAUAGUGAUGAUAGUGCUGAUAGUGAUGAUAGUUAUGAUAGUGCUGAUAGUGAUGAUAGUGCUGAUAGUGAUGAAGGUGCUGAUAGUGAUGAUAGUUAUGAUAGUGAUGAUAGUUAUGAUAGUGCUGAUAGUGAUGAUAGUUAUGAAGGUGCUGAUAGUGAUGAUAGUGAUGAUAGUUAUGAAGGUGCUGAUAGUGAUGAUAGUGCUGAUAGUGAUUAAGGUGCUGAUAGUGAUGAUAGUUAUGAUAGUGAUGAUAGUUAUGAUAGUGCUGAUAGUGAUGAUAGUUAUGAAGGUGCUGAUAGUGAUGAUAGUGAUGAUAGUUAUGAUAGUGCUGAUAGUGAUGAUAGUUAUGAUAGUGCUGAUAGUGCUGAUAGUGAUGAAGGUGCUGAUAGUGAUGAUAGUUAUGAUAGUGCUGAUAGUGAUGAUAGUUAUGAAGGUGCUGAUAGUGCUGAUAGUGCUGUUAGUGCUGAUAGUUAUGAUAGUGCUGAUAGUGAUGAUAGUGCUGAUAGUGAUGAUAGUGAUGAUAGUUAUGAUAGUGCUGAUAGUGAUGAUAGUUAUGAUAGUGCUGAUAGUGAUGAUAGUGCUGAUAGUGCUGAUAGUGAUGAUAGUGAUGAUAGUUAUGCUAGUGUUGAUAGUGCUGAUAGUGCUGAUAGUGAUGAAGGUGCUGAUAGUGUUGAUAGUGCUGAUAGUGCUGACAGUGAUGAUAGUGCCGAUAGUUAUGCUAGUGUUGAUAGUGAUGAUAGUGAUGAUAGUGCUGACAGUGUUGAUAGCGAUGAUAGUGCUGUUAGUGCUGAUAGUGCUGAUAGUGCUGAUAGUUAUGAUAGUGCUGACAGUGAUGAUAGUGCCGAUAGUGAUGAUAGUGAUGAUAGUGCUGAUAGUGCUGAUAGUGCUGAUAGUGAUGAUAGUGCUGAUAGUUAUGAUAGUUAUGAUAGUGAUGAAGGUGCUGAUAGUGCUGAUAGUGCUGAUAGUGAUGAUAGUUGCGAUAGUGAUGAUAGUUAUGAUAGUUAUGAUAGUGAUGAAGGUGCUGAUAGUGCUGAUAGUGCUGAUAGUGAUGAUAGUGCUGAUAGUGAUGAUAGUGCUGAUAGUGAUGAUAGUGAUGAUAGUAAUGCUAGUGUUGAUAGUUAUGAUAGUGAUGAUAGUUAUGAUAGUGCUGACAGUGCUGAUAGUGCUGAUAGUGAUGAUAGUGCUGAUAGUGAUGAUAGUGAUGAUAGUUAUGAUAGUGAUGAUAGUGCUGACAGUGAUGAUAGUGCUGAUAGUGAUGAUAGCGAUGAUAGUGCUGAUAGUGCUGAUAGUUAUGAUAGUGCUGAUAGUUAUGAUAGUGAUGAUAGUUAUGAUAGUGAUGAUAGUGAUGAUAGUUAUGAUAGUGCUGAUAGUGCUGACAGUGAUGAUAGUUAUGAUAGUGAUGAUAGUGAUAAUAGUGCUGAUAGUGCUGAUAGUGAUGAUAGUUAUGAUAGUGAUGAUAGCACUGAUAGUUAUGAUAGUGCUGAUAGUGCUGAUAGUUAUGAUAGUGCUGAUAGUGCCGAUAGUGAUGAUAGUUAUGAUAGUGAUGAUAGCACUGAUAGUUAUGAUAGUGCUGAUAGUGCUGAUAGUUAUGAUAGUGCUGAUAGUUAUGAUAGUGCUGAUAGUGAUGAUAGUUAUGAUAGUGAUGAUAGUGAUGAUAGUGAUGAUAGUGCUGAUAGCACUGAUAGUGAUGAUAGUGAUGAUAGUUAUGAUAGUGAUGAUAGUAAUGCUAGUGAUGAUAGUGCUGAUAGUGCUGAUAGUGCUGACAGUGAUGAUAGUGCUGAUAGUGAUAAUAGUUAUGAUAGUGCCGAUAGUGAUGAUAGUGAUGAUAGUGAUGAUAGUGCUGAUAGUGAUGAUAGUUAUGAUAGUGAUGAUAGUAAUGCUAGUGUUGAUAGUUAUGAUAGUGAUGAUAGUGCUGACAGUGAUGAUAGUGCUGAUAGUGAUGAUAGCGAUGAUAGUGCUGAUAGUGCUGAUAGUUAUGAUAGUGAUGAUAGUGAUGAUAGUGAUGAUAGUUAUGAUAGUGAUGAUAGUGCUGAUAGUGCUGAUAGUUAUGAUAGUGAUGAUAGCACUGAUAGUUAUGAUAGUGCUGAUAGUGCCGAUAGUGCUGAUAGUUAUGAUAGUGAUAAUAGUGCUGAUAGUGCUGAUAGUGAUGAUAGUGCUGAUAGUGCUGAUAGUUAUGAUAGUGAUGAUAGCACUGAUAGUUAUGAUAGUGCUGAUAGUGCUGAUAGUGCUGAUAGUUAUGAUAGUGCUGAUAGUGCCGAUAGUGAUGAUAGUUAUGAUAGUGCUGAUAGCACUGAUAGUUAUGAUAGUGCUGAUAGUGCUGAUAGUUAUGAUAGUGAUGAUAGUGAUGAUAGUGAUGAUAGUGCUGAUAGCACUGAUAGUGAUGAUAGUGAUGAUAGUGAUGAUAGCACUGAUAGUUAUGAUAGUGCCGAUAGUGAUGAUAGUGAUGAUAGUUAUGAUAGUUAUGAUGAUAGUGAUGAUAGUGAUGAUAGUGAUGAUAGUGCUGAUAGUUAUGAUAGUGAUGAUAGUGAUGAUAGUUAUGAUAGUGCCGAUAGUGCUGAUAGUGAUGAUAGUUAUGAUAGUGAUGAUAGUGAUAAUAGUGCUGAUAGUGCUGAUCGUGAUGAUAGUUAUGAUAGCGAUGAUAGCACUGAUAGUUAUGAUAGUUAUGGUAGUUAUGAUAGUUAUGAUAGUGCUGAUAGUGCCGAUAGUGAUGAUAGUUAUGAUAGCGAUGAUAGCACUGAUAGUUAUGGUAGUGAUGAUAGCACUGAUAGUUAUGAUAGUGCUGAUAGUGCUGAUAGUUAUGAUAGUGCUGAUAGUGCUGAUAGUUAUGAUAGUGAUGAUAGUGAUGAUAGUUCUGAUAGUGAUGAUAGUGAUGAUAGUGCUGAUAGCACUGAUAGUGAUGAUAGUGAUGAUAGUGAUGAUAGUGCUGAUAGUGCUGAUAGUGAUGAUAGUUAUGAUAGUGCUGAUGGUGCUGAUAGUUAUGAUAGUGCUGAUAGUGCUGAUAGUUAUGAUAGUGAUGAUAGUGAUGAUAGUUAUGAUAGUGCUGAUAGUGAUGAUAGUGAUGAUAGUGCUGAUAGUGAUGAUAGUGAUGAUAGUGCUGAUAGUGAUGAUAGCACUGAUAGGUAUGAUAGUGAUGAUAGUGAUAAUAGUUAUGAUAGUGCUGAUAGUGAUGAUAGUGAUGAUAGCACUGAUAGUUAUGAUAGCGCUGAUAGUGCUGAUAGUGAUGAUAGCGAUGAUAGUGAUGAUAGUGCUGAUAGUUAUGAUAGUUAUGAUAGUGAUGAUAGUUAUGAUAGUGCCGAUAGUAAUGAUAGUGCUGAAAGUGCCGAUAGUUAUGAUAGUGCUGAAAGUGAUAAUAGUGCUGAUGGUGCCGAUAGUUAUGAUAGUGAUAGUGAUAGUGAUGAUAGUGAUGAUAGUGCCGAUAGUGAUAAUAGUGCUGAUAGCGAUGAUAGUGCUGGCAGUGAUGAUAGUUAUGAUAGUAGUGAUAGUGAUGAUAGUGAUGAUAGUGCUGAUAGUGCCGAUAGUGAUAAUAGUGCUGAUAGCGAUGAUAGUGCUGGCAGUGAUGAUAGUUAUAAUAGUGAAGAUAGUGAUGAGUGUGCAGCUAUUAAACACACUUAG